GUGACAGAAAUUCUGUGUGCAAAUCACUGCAAAACGAAUUAUGAAUACACUUUCGAAUUCUGAAUACACUUUCGCUUGUCGAUUAUCAAGACUGUGCUGUAAAACACUCCCAGUGCAUGGUAUGGAGUACAGCACUCCAGAAAUGUGUGAACUCUUUUCUACAAGAUGUGUGAUAAGUCGGACACUGCUGUCUUCGGAAAUGGUUUAUGUUGCCGUGAACAGAAUUGCCCAUUCCGCAACACAGAGUCGUCAACCAACAAAGCAGUGUACUGCGACGACAAGGAGUGUGUUGACCUUGUGAGCGAUGGAUAUGGUCACUGCGGAAACUGCACCAUCCAGGAGCUGGCCGACUACAAGAAAUGCCCAAAGCAAAGCUCUCUUGGAGACCGGUGCUACUAUGCAACUUAUUAUGAAGAUGGAAGCUCGUCUUAUGGAACGUUCCGGCAGGAUGUUCUUCAUCUGCCAACUGGGAAGGACAACCAUGCAGUCAAUCUGGCAUUUGGGUGUGGACGAUAUCAGACUGGUCUUCUCUUCAAGGAUCCGUAUCGACCAUCAUUUGUGGAUGGCAUUCUUGGGCUUGGGCGGGGAACCUAUGGCCUCCCAUCUGUUUUGGCGAACAAUGGUUAUAAGAAAGUUUUUGCUCAUUGCCUAGGAGGAGGGUCUGGUGGUGGCUUGCUGACUUUCGGGGAGCCCCAGGGAAUCAAUGAUGACGAGGUCCAAUUCACCCCAUUUACACCUGGCGAGUCCCCAUUGAAAUACUAUGUGGAUUUCAAUGACGUAAGCGUUGGGAAAACUCGGCUUGGUGUUUUGAAUGGAUCUUGCGCAACACGUGGUGCGCUUGUUGAUAGCGGUGCUGCUAUUACCCGCUUGCCGGGGCGUGCCUAUGAAGCGAUCAUGCGGGAGAUCAUGGACCAGGCUAAGAUACCGUUCAACGUGACGCUUUCGAAGGAGAUGACUUUCACUUGCUUCAGCGGACACCUCAAAAAAGGUGCUGAUGACGCAGAAGCAGUUAACGAGGUGCUUCCGACGAUAACGCUUCAUUUGGGUGGCAUUGAUGUAGAAAUUCGUCCAAGCGACUAUACUUUGCGAUGGAAGCCGGAGGAGGGUCUCCUUCGACCGUGCGUCUUUCUCAUGGCAGACGAGCAGUGCGUGAUUGGCGUGAGCGUAAUGCGAAACUAUCUGGUUAUUUAUGACAUGGAGAAUUCGGCUGCUGGUGGCCUUGGACGGCUCGGUUGGAAAAGAUCGUACUGUGAGACAGGUCGAGGGACUAUUGUGAAUUCUCCAGAAGUUCAGUCAGACUCUUGCCAUUAAGAUUAGCCUUCAGGAAAUAUUAUUAUACGCACAACAGUCCUCGAAAGGUCGGGCGGCGAAUGUGAGGAAGCAGGGUCGGCAAUUGUAUCAUGGCAUCUGGCAGAUAAGCAGAGUGACUGGAAGAAGACCCAGUCUCACACAACUCAACUACUGUAGGCAGUUUUGCUCAUCAAUUAGGGAAGCCUGUGGGGGUUAGUGUAUUAUUGGUAGUUGUUUUACACGUAACAUAUUGAUGCCAGUUAUAGCAGAAGAGGGGACAGGCUUUUCACUCUUUGACGAGAACCUCUAUACGCAACCCAAAC